AGCAGUAAGCGGAGAUGAGCUCAUGAAAUUUACUCACUAUCACUUUAUUCACGGGGAAGAUGAAAUUAUCUAGGGAAUGGAGCGGAAUGGAGCGCCUCGGAGGAAUGGGGUUUCUCUCGUGGCCUGAGAAAGUGUUGUGGGGCAACUCUUCGUGUCCAGUCCUUAGUACUCGGUAGGGACUUUAUAAGUGAUGAUCAGUUGAAUGAGUGCCUCUCACUUACAGGAUGGACAACGCUCUCCUGGAGUCACUAUGCUCUCCUGCAACAGCAGCAUUUCUGGCCAUUCAACCUUCCUCCUCACCGGCUUUCCAGGCCUGGAAGCGGCUCAUCAUUGGGUUUCCCUCCCCAUCAACCUCCUCUGUGUGGUUUCCAUCCUGGGUAACAGUUUCGUCCUCUUCCUGAUCCGCACAGACCCAGCCCUCCACGAACCCAUGUACAUCCUGCUGUCCAUGCUGGCGGCCUCUGACCUGGGCCUCUGUGCCUCCACCUUCCCCACCAUGGUGCGGCUCUUCUGGCUGAGUGCUCGGGAGCUGCCCUUUGAUCUCUGCGCAGCACAGAUGUUCUUCAUCCACGGCUUCACCUACGUGGAAUCUGGCGUCCUCCUGGCCAUGGCCUUUGAUCGCUUUGUUGCCAUCCGGGACCCUCUGCACUAUGCCUCGAUUCUCACCCACUCUGCCAUGGCCAAAGUGGGGGCCGCCAUCCUGGGGAGGGCGGUGCUGCUCAAUCUCCCAGGACCCAUCCUCCUGCGGCGUCUGCUCUUUCCCCAGAUCAGCGUCCUCUCUCACUGCUACUGCCUGCACUGCGACCUUGUGGGACUGGCCUGCUCCGACACUCAGGUCAACAGCCUGGUUGGCCUGGUCUCUAUCCUCCUCUCGCUGGGCUUUGACUCCUCCCUCAUCCUGCUGUCCUACGGCCUGAUCCUGCGGACUGUGCUGAGCAUCGCAUCACCUGGGGAACGACUAAAGGCACUCAACACCUGUGUCUCGCACCUUUGCAUCGUUCUCAUCUUUUACUUGCCCAAACUGGGGCUGUCUGUGUUGCACCGAGUGGAGAAGCACAGCUACCCGGCUCUGGCAGUGCUCAUGGCCAACCUGCACUUCUUGGUUCCGCCCUUCAUGAACCCCAUCGUCUACUGCAUCAAGUCUAAGCAGAUCCGUCAGGGCCUCCUGAGGCGCUUCCAGCAGAAGAGGGUUGAUGUCGCAUAGAAGAGCCGGACACAGUGGCACACAACCUCCGUGGGUCAGCCUGGAUCUUGGGAUGGGAGAGGAUCCUGGUGGAGAGUAAAGUUUUGGGGUGUCUGAAUGGUUCAUUCUUACUCUUGAGCCUUUUGUGGGGGCGCCAUCAGCUUCUGCAGUUGUAGUUUUGGGGGACUGAGACCUUUGAAAAGCAUGUAGAGGAGUCAUCUUGAUGAUCCUCUCAUUGCUCCGAUCAGAGCUGAGCUAUUUCAGACUCAUAGGUACUGCAGCACCUCCUUGCCUAGGGGACUUCACCAAGCUCGCUGAGAGGAUGUGUGUGCUUAGCUCUUUGGGCAGGCACUCCUAUCCUCUUCCCCACUGGAUUUUUGUCCCCAUUUCCUUUCAAGCCAAAGGAAGAAGUAUAUUCCUAUUAUAUUAUGUACACUAAGAAUAUUAUGUAGUAUUAUAUACUUAGGUAUAUUAUUAAGAAAGCUAUAGUCACCUUAAAAUUGGUCCUGUUCUCCCACAUUGAACAUGAACCAGCUCAUAUACCAAGAAAUGGAUCACGUAGGAUAAAACCAUACAUGCUAAGUUCAUCUAGCAUGUAUUGACAUCUUAGAGAGUGGUGCUGUUCUCUGGGUUCUUUUCGUGUGUGUCUCUGCUUUGACAUAGAGAGAAAUGUUGGCAAUGCCAGGCCCCUGAAAGCUGCUCAAGGACUAUUUAGAUUUCCUUAUGAUUAAGUAUUUAGCAUCAUGAUAAUACGCACUUUCUAAGCCUGCAUUAGCGCCCACAGGAGGGAAAAGCCCACAUUUGGUGCUAGAUUCCAUGAUUUUGUCUUUUAAGAAGGCAUUUCUCUCAGGGUUUACUAAUUCUCUGUAUCUCUAUGACUGCCAAUUCCACCAAGUAUGAUUUGAAAAGAUGUAAAUAUUAAUUUUCACAUGUAUUCUGAUGUCACUACUUAGUAACUGAAUGAUGGGUGGGCAAUGUCCAUGCAUGAGACAGUGAAAGGCAUCCCUGCAGCAUUAACAACUCCCAUCUUUCGGGUCUUUAUUUUUUUUUUUCCUUCUUUCCUCGGGGUAGUUCUUUUUAUAAUUCAUUUUUUUAAAAAAUACCACUGUUUUGAAGUAUGAUUGACGUAUAAAACUGUGCAUAUUUAAUGUCUACAACUUGAUGAGUUUGGAGAUAGAUCUACUGUACAGCAUAGUUAACAGUUCUGUAUUGCACCUUAAAAUUUUUCCAAGAGGAUAGAUUUUAAGUGUUCUUACCAGAACAGAAAAAUAAAAAUAAAUAAAAAAGCAAAAGGGAACUUUUGGAGGUGAUGGAUGUGUUUAUGGCAUAAAUGAGGGUGAUGGUUUAAUAGAUCCCUUAAUUUUAUUGGUGUCACCUACUUGAUAUUUUUGAGAUGUGAACCCUAUUAAUCUGAUUGAAUGCUUAUAUCACCAGAGGUUG